AGUUGUGUUUAGAAAGUGAACAAGGUACGUUGGUCCGCUCGCAGCCGCGCUUACCUGCAGUUAAAAACGCUUUGUGCUCCCGAGUUAUCAGUUAAGUUUCCAAACAUCCACGCUAUCAGUGAAAAAAUUGUUCGAAUACUCAACAAUAGUGUUACCUGGGUUUCCGAUUGAUUUUGUUUUCGUCGUCUUGGUAUCCUUGAAGAGCUGCCUAUGAUGACAACCAACUAAUGCUUCUAACGCAAUGAUGCCAACAUUAUGGGUUUCACGCUUCGGUUCAUUCUAGGUAUUUUCCUGACAUUUCAAAUAUGCACGAUCUCCAAUGGGGCUCACAUAAGAAUUGCUCGAGAAACUAAGGAAAAAAUAUCCACCACCCUGCAAAAUGUAGACCCGACGGGAACGAAUCUACCGGAUCUGCAAUUCGGUAGAAAAAUAAACGUUAAGGAAAGCAAACCAAAGACUGAAAAAACUAAUGUAAAUACAAACGAUACUCAUACGGAACGGAAAGUAACCUUAAACGAUUUAGAAAACGUUCCUAAAAAUUUGACUACUGUGAAAUUGGAAAAAUCCGAGUCUUACAGAAAGACGGUUACACCGAGUCCAACCCAUGUUGAGAAUGUUAUAAAAAAUUACACGAAAGAAGAAGAAAAUACAGAAAGAGAAAGUAAUGGUAGAUCUAUAGAUGUGGAUGUAGAUAAAUAUGUGUCGCCUGAGUUUCAUGACAUAAAUAACGUGUUUACGCUACCAAUUUCUGCUGAUACAGAGAAAUAUAUCGACCCUGAUUAUGACCAUGAAACUGAAUCAAAUUAUAAGUUUACCUUGGAGUUAACCACCCCCAAAUCAGAUUAUUUUGACAGUAAAUACAAGGAAACAGUAGCUAGUAUUGAUCAGAAGUUGGAGCAUUUAGAUACAGAUUAUGAAGAAGGCAAAGAAACCAUCAAUUUGGAAAAAUUACUUGAAAAAUCAAAAAGCAAUAAAAGUGACUCUGAUAUAUCAUAUGAAAAAAUAAAAAACGUCAUUGACAAAAAUAACAGUACCAAAGGCCACAGUCAUAAAGAUACAGUAGUUGAAGAGGGUACCAAAUUAGUAUUUGAAUCAUCUUAUAACCAUACAGAUAUAACCGAGCCCAAUGAAAAAUUGAACAAAAUAAACCAACAAUCGACUAAAGAAAACAGCAAAGAAACAAACGCCGUUUCAAAAGAAUUCAGCCCUGAAAUAACGACAGAAACCACGAGAAAAACAGAAACCCUGACAAAACCACCAAGCAACAGAAAUAUAAGUUACAUAUUAAAUAACAAAAUAGAAACAGAUUCCAUUAAAAAAACAAAUCUUUUUCCAAGCACCAUAACAGCUGAAGAAGAUGAACACAAAACAACCUCUGCACCCAUAGCUAUAACAAAGAGAGGCUCCAUUAAGUUUGCCCAUACGACACAAGCUAUAACUCCAACAGUCAGCCCUCAGAGAACAACAAUCAGAAACAAAAUUACCGAACAAAAUAAGUCCAAUGAACAAGAAAACCAAGUGGAAGAAGAUCAGACUGUAACAGAAUCUGUAAUCACAGAAGUAAGGGUGCCAAUUGAUAAUAAUAAAAACACUACGAAAGAAACUACAACUUCCGAAAGUACCACAAUACCUGGAGAAACAACAAAGGAAGUAAAGACUACAGACUCUGUAGUCACAGACAACAAUGAAACUAUAGGUCCAAAAAAACCUAAACCAAACGCUAAAAUGAUCCAAGAUUCCACGGUUGUAAUCACUACAACCGAUUCUUUAGAUUCAACAGAAUCCACAACUACAGAUAUUUUGGAGACUACGAGAAUACUGAAUGAUACACCAUCGGAUUCGACUACAGGAAAGACUGAAAAUACUACAGAGGCCAUUGAAAGUAUUGAUAUAACGACUGAAAUCAACACUACAACUGAAACUACUACAGAGAAUGUUAAAACUACGGAAAAAGGGACCACAGUGGAAAAUGCGACAACAGAAAAUGUAUCAACUACAGAAGCUGCAAUAACUGAUAUAUCAGUAACUGAGAUAAAUUUAAAUAAUGCCAGUGUCACUGAUAUAACUAUCACUAAAGUAACUACAGAUAUUGGAAGAAAUAAAGAAUUAAAUAUUAAUAAUACCACAGUAACUGAUAUAGCUAUUACCGAAAUAAUUCCAAACAUUACCACAGAUAAUGUAAGCACUACAGAUACAGAUACUACUAAAGUAACUACAAAUAUUGAAAAAAAUAAAGAAUUAAUUAUUAAUAAUACCACAGUAACUGAUAUACCUAUUACAGAAAUAAUUCCAAACAUUACGACAGAAACAGGUAACAUGAUUAAUAAUGUAACUGAAAUAAAUGUUGAAUACACCACAAAAUCAGCAAAGGAAAUACAAAGUGUAAUGGAAACCAUAACUACAAGUGCUACCAGUACUACAACCAUGAUACCUGUAAAAACUACAAUGAUUCCAGAAAUAACCACAGUUCCACAAACAACUACAGAAAAAAUAACUGUAAUUAAAACUGGUAUAACUGCAGAAGGUGAAAAAGGAACCACAUCAACCACAGAAAUUAUAAUAUAUCACAUAGAAAACGAUACGGCCACUCCUGAAGUAAUAAAUCCCAGUUACAACUACCCGACUCCUGAUAUUGUAGAACCGGAAAAUAGGAAUUUUUCCAACGCUACAGUGGAAGAUGAAACUACAAAUUCCACGGAAUCGAGCAUUGGGGAUCCUGAGGAUAACAGAGGCACAAUUGCAGCGAUCGUUAUUUCAUCCGUCGGUGCUAUUUGUUUAAUACUACUGGCAGGUUUACUGAUUAUAAUGAGAAAGAGACAGAAAAAAUUUAAUUAUGGUCAAAGAUGUACACCGGUUAGUUUGGAUGAUUACAGCAUGGAUAACGUGUCAGUUUAUAACAGCGUAAGGAGGAAAGCUGCAGCCAGAGCUUCCAAAAGGUCCUAUGGAAAUCCUGCUUUUGAUGAUCCUACUGCAGUAACGCAUCCCCUGAACUUCCCAGCCCUGGCGAAAUUCUCGUCCAACUUGGAAGACAUCAAGGCGGAGUUCGAGGAGAUCCCGCAGAUUGGCGCCCGCACCUCUGAGCUCCCAGAAGGCUGCGAGACCAAGAACCGCUACGCCAACGUGAUCCCGUUGCCGGAGACGCGUGUUUUCCUGAACACGAUCGAAGGAUACGCGAACAGCGAUUACAUUAACGCCAACUAUGUUACCGGUCCUAAAAAUACAAAAGGAUAUUACAUAGCUUGUCAAGGACCCAUGGCAAACACAGUGGAUGAUUUUUGGAGAAUGGUUUGGGAACAACAGUCCAAAGUAAUUUUAAUGUUGACGCAACUUUUUGAAAAUGGAGUGGAAAAAUGUGUGGACUACCUUCCUCCAUCAGAAGUUCUCGACUGUCACAGACUUUUUGGUGAUUUUCAAGUAACUUUAAAAAAACGAGAAGUUAAGGAUAAAUAUAUCAUAUCCAGUAUCCAACUUAAGAAUAUGGUAUCGAAUAGCUGGAGAGAAGUAACCCAUUUCUGGUACCUGGGCUGGCCUGAAAAAGGUGUACCAAAAGAAAGUAACUCUAUUAUUGCUUUUCUCAUUGAGGCUAGGAGUUACAUGAAAACUACCACCAUUGAUAAGAAAAAUGGUGUUAACGGAAUUUCAAACGGUUCGACCCAUACUGACGUAAGUCCUGUGGUGGUGCACUGUAGUCCCGGAACAGGACGUACAGGUGUAGUGAUAGCUUGUGAUAUUGCAAUUAGGGAGUUCGAGAAGACUCGAUUGGUGGACAUACCGAAAAUUGUGUACAGGAUAAGAAGGGACCGCGCUAGUUCAGUACAAACCAAGGAACAAUAUCAAUUCAUUUAUAAGGUUGUUAGCUUGUAUGCAGCGAAAUUGACAGGAGGUGCCCUGGAUGAAAUUUAAGGAUUAUAUAAUAUAAAAUAUUUCUAUAAAUUCUAUGUGAUAUCGUUGAAAACAAAUUUAAAUUUAUGCCUUACUAUAUGUAUAUAAGAUUAUAUGUGUAAAUAUAGAUUUUAGGAAGAGCUCUCUAUGAUUCAAUUAUUUAGUAAUGCACAUAAUUAUUUAUGCAUUGAUUGUUUUAAACUUCCUUGUUGAUUGAAAGUUUAAAAUAAACAUUACUUGUAUAAUUUGUGUACUUACAAUUACCAAAAUGAGAUAUAUUAAAAUGUAGAAAUUAAUAACGAAAUAUUUAUAGUGUUAAAAUAUUUCGAGUAUGUAGAAAAUGAUGCAAUAAUAAAUGUAGA